UCCAGCUACUACUUCCCCCUCUUCCGCACCGGCAAGCUGGGAGAUCAGGAGGCCUUGGAUAAGGUCAACGCCGCCUUUGAGUUCCUCAACACCUUCCUGGAGGGACAGGACUACCUGGCUGGAAGCCAACUGACAGUGGCUGACAUCGUCAUCCUGGCCAGUGUGUCCACCUUCGAAAUGGCUCCAUUUGACCUGAAGAAGUUCCCCAACUUGGAGAGGUGGUACAAGAAUGCCCAGAAGGUUACUCCUGGUUGGGAGGAACACCUGCAGAGUAUUAAGCAGCUGCAGAAGUUCGCAGAACAAAAGUUGGCCGAAAGAAACGCAAAAGCUUAAAUUGCGAUAAUAUAUCAUUAUAUGUUGCAUUUAAUUCAGUUAGGAUAAAAAUGAAGUCAUGAACAAAUUAUUAAUAAAAGAACUACAUAUUUCAAAAAUUUAGCUUAUUACAUAACAACUUUUAGGAAUAUUGUUUUACAAAAUGUAUGAAAGAAUAUUUAUAAAUAACAAAAACUUACUCUGUAGGGUUGGGUUAUCAAUCAUGACAACGAAAGUCGCCUUGGCUUUAGUGAAAAUUUUUUUCUUCAUGAUCGGUACCUUACUCAAA